CGGAGGGUGGCAACUGUGGUGGUGGCAACUGUAGUGGGUGUGAUGCAUCUCAAAAUAGCUGGUAGGUGUGACAGCAGGAGGCAGCACCUCUGCUGUUACUGGCAGUAGUACAGUACCUCUCAGAGACACCGCUGAUCACUCCCACUCCAGGUAUUCUCCGUCUUGUUUUUUCAUCGUUCGACCUCAAAUAUAUAUACCAGAAAUAGCUAUAUAAUGCGGCAAGGGCCUGCUGUGGGCUGGAGUACUGGGGCUGCCAGACCUACAGUCAUUCAACCCUCAUCCUUCUCCAGAGGUGGCAACGAAGCUGGCAUCAACUGCGGUUGUUGCGUGUGUUGUCCUUGUUUUCACUAUGGUUUCCUCAAGACAAGGUUCGGCUUGCUCAAGAUACUUCAACUGAUCCUGUCUGCAAUCUGCCUGACACUGGUGCUGGAAUAUGGGUUUCCCUACAGUUCUAUUAUAGGAGACUCCUUCACGUUCUUCGUGGUCACCAUUUCUGCUUGCGUCUUCGUGGUCAGCCUCCUCACCUUCUGCUACCUCAUCUCAGCAAAUUCUUUCAAUCUCAUCCGCUCCUCCGUUCUGGAGGUAGUGUUUAACACCCUGGCUUGCAUCUUGUAUCUCACCGCCUCACCGUACUUAUCCUGGGCAGUUCAGACGUCACUGUGGGGACGAUACUUAGUCACGCCAUACUUCACUGUCUACCCGGCCAUGACAGCUGCCUACAUUUUUGGACUGGUGCUGGGAGUGGUUCAUGGUAUUGAUGCAUGGCUUUCCUACAGAAACUCUUCUGGUCGACCAUGUUAGCUACAACUUUAAAUGCAAGGUUUACUUAACAAGUUAUACAAAAAGAACUUCAUAUAUUAAAAAUUGUACACUUUUAUAUAUUUAGCAGUAGCAUGAUUCAAUAAAGUACCUUUAUAAAAAAAUAUGCAUCUU